AUGAUACGGUGGCAUGAGACACACUGUCGUCGCCCUGAAAUUGUGACGAUUGACAGCUUACCGUACUGCAAUAACUGUCAUGCCCUGGCACCACCUCCGGCUGAAGCGGCACCUAACAUCUCGGAACGGGUUCCACAAACGAAGCCACAGCCAACUGGUGAUGACCGCCCGAGCUUAUGGUGGCCACCACAGAUUCAAUUUCUCGACCAGAAUGCCCCUGCUCAGCUCACUCGGGCGAGUCUGCCUCUGGAUGGACCACAACGAAGACAUCAUGCCGUCGCGCCGGCCGUCCCCGAGAAUGAAGAUCACAACCCUUUGUACAACACCCUAGAAGUCAACGAGAUCAGACUCCUCCACCUGAACUGCGGAGAACCCGAGGAGGCUCUGCAUGGCGAAUACCAGAUCGUACGGAAUAUGGAUUUCGAGGAGGCUGGCGCGCAUGAACCCGGCUACGACUGUCUCUCAUACGUGCAUGCGGAAACUCCAGGUGAAAUUAAGUGCACCGAGGUCAUAUACCUCGGAGAAUUUUGGGACAUGCUCUGCAUCUCAAAGACGUGUGCAGAAGCACUACGGCACAUGAGACACCAGAAAGGCCCCCAGAGAGUCCUAUGGGUGGAUUCCAUCUGUAUCAACCAACACGACCAAGGGGAGAAGUCAAGCCAAGUCAGAUUGAUGGCAAACAUCUUUUCACGCGCUCGUCAAGUCGUCGCGUACCUUGGGCCUCCUUGCCAGACCAGCAGUGCCGCACUCCGCUGGCUUCGAUUCAUUGAUCACUCGCAGAGACUCAAGUCGACACAAACUUCGAGAAAGAGGAAAUACGGCGAUGCGGACUUUGAACCCGAGCCCCACUCGUCCGAAGGCUUUACUGCAUUUAGGGCCUUUCUGGGUGGGUCCUACUUCCAAAGGAUGUGGACAGUCCUGGAGUUCAUUGUCGCCCAGUCAGUGACCCUCCAGUGCGGAAGCGACACAGCCCCUUGGCCAUUGGCCGGACUGUCCCAGCAUGAGGCCAUUUUGCCAGACUGGAUGGCAUACCGCGAAAGAAGAGCCACAAUAUGCGAGCAGGACCUUCUUCCCCUGCUCAAAUGCACUGCCACCAACAAAUGCGAUGACCCCAGGGACAGGAUUUUCUCAAUUCUAGGUCUGAUCCGAAGAUGGGAUGUCAGCGCUAUUCUUCCAUCGUACGAGCUUUCGGUUGAAGAAGUAUUCAUCGGAAUUACUGCAUACAUCAUAAAAAAGCACAAUGCUUUGAGUACCAUACUGCCUUUGGCCAGCACAAUGAGCCCACUCAAGGGAGGCCUCAAGUUGCCAAGCUGGGUUCCGAACUGGAACAACCAGGCAAUAUAUACAGGUCAUGAAAUUCCAGAAAGAUCAAUCCCGAACGCCAUCACAGAAGAUGCUUUGGCGAAUGUCCAGGCACGGUGGCAGUUCAAGUCUGCCGAGGCUGCUCCCGAAGUUCAUAGGGCCAAUGGGUUUCUUCAAGUCCAGGCUAUCUUAUUGUCGUCCUCUGUUCAACCUUUCUUCAAGCUCAUUCAGCAAGAUGGAAACAUCUCAAUAACACUUGAAUCCCUCUUUCACCCAUUCAGCGCAAGUUGGGGUUUGUGUAGAGAAGGGAUCAACACCGAGAACAAUGACCAGCUGGCGUUCGUUGCCGGCAGAUUUGUGAUCGUCAGGCUCACUAGUGACCAAAAUCAGUAUUACGAUCUUGUACAGACGCUAGGCGAGGACAUCAUAUACUCCUUCCCUCAUUCGGUCGCAGGUAUCAACGAGAUAGAUUUUGGAGACGAAGAUGAACACGACGAAAUUCUCGAACGUUUGCAGCGCAAUAUGUUCACUUCCACUACAGGCCAACCCAACAACAACUCCAUAACAAGUCGCCGCAUCACGCCCAUGAACACUGCGACCCAAGAGCAGCUUUUUGACUUGUGUUCAGCCGUGUUCGGAGAUUCAGAGCCAGAUCGUCCAGCAGGCACGGAUGGCACGUCGGUUCAGACGUCUGAGGCUUCUCGUGCUCGAUUCCUGAAAGUUCGGAGCCGAUUGCUUGACGUUGCCCUCUACAGCCGAAUGGGAUGCUUCCGGGAAGGCAGAAAGCUAUUUCAAGACUUCACGUACUGGAUUGAUAGAUUUCGCUGUUGCAAAUCUGAGGCGUUGGCAUCCAUAGCCUCCCCCGGUCACAAGCUGGAGACUUCUUUAGGGUCGGUUUCUCCCGGUCUGAGUGACCAGGCUAUCGCUUGGACUGAGAGUUGGUGCCUGGGAGAUACCAUGGCAAAGCUAGAUCUUGGGCAUUGUGAGUCUUCAGUUUCGACUGUCAUCAAAUGGCUACAGUCUACGGAACGGCUACUUGCAUUCCUGUCGUCCAACGGCUUUGCAGCAAAGCCGACGCCGAAUAGCGGUCUACCGGGCACUGAACUUGGGAAGACAUGGCUCCUUCACUGGGCAAGCUUCUUAGCGGACACCAUCGCGAAUUCUGAAAGCUCGCCAAAUCUGACACCUGAUGAGUUCAUCAUUUCGGCCGUCUUAAGGCACGCCAUCGACCUUGCAAAGGUCGCCGCCACUCGCAUACCUGACUUUGAAGGGAUCGGCCUUGCCAGACUAACACGAAUUAUGGGAGAAAGACAAGCGAUUUCUGAGAACAUCCGAGUCCUGGAAUGGGUCCAACAUGCGUUCUGGACGGCUGACAUUGGCCAUUUGAGCGAUUUCGAUCAGGACAUGGUCGUCAGGUUGGAGAUGUGGCCACUUGGUCUUGACCUUGACCGAGAAAAGACUAUGGUUAUUAUGUAA